GCUAACUGUUUGCGCUUUCUAGUCAGUUUCGGAGGACCUUUGGAACAGUAAUCUAGAUUCUUUAAAUAAAACUUCUCGUGGCUUUGACGUCUUUUUAUAGCUACUGUUGGCGGCACUUUUUUUUAUUAUUUCAAGUUUGAUUUCCAUUCGCAGACGAAAGUUAAGUGUUUUUAUUAGCAGGUUUCUGAAUUGUGUUUUCAGUCAUCCCACUAUAUUCACGCUGAUUACUUCAAAGCUUUAUAGACAUCAAGUGGACAACAUAGAUUGAAUUGGAUCUGAACUUCAUCGAAACCAUUAUUUGGUUCUGCACCUUGCAACAUGACGAAUAAUCAUAACUGAACAGGCAGAAAAGUACAGAAUUGAUUGCGAAACAGUGUUUACAAUAGAUAUAAAUUCUUCAGACUGAAUAUCUUUUGCAAUGAUUUGUCUGCCCUUCCUUUGAUACCUCUACUCCCGAAUAUUCUGAAGUGUUAUAUCUAGUCCUAUGACUUUUCAAUAGUUAUCUGAAAGGGAGACUUUGGAGAGCAAUUUUGUGUAACUUUUCUUCAAGAUCAGAUCCUAGAAAUAUCCAUCAUGAACAAACGACGUUCUCCACUACUAUCAUACAAGUGUGAUAUCCUAUCUAAGGAGUUCCAAAUUGUUUAUCUUUAUUCAAAUAACUGAAUUAUUUUAAAUUUUAUAUCUGACUACCAGCAGACAGAAAAAUCGAAGAUAUAUAAUUCAGGAAAUAAACUAACGUCUGGGAUUUAAAAAAAAUUGUUCCGAAAAAAUUAUUACGAAUUCUCUUUCUAAUCGAUAAAUCAAAACCAGAAGAAUAUAUCUUUUGAAGAUAAAUAUGUAAAAUUUCAUUUCCAAGUUGCUGAUUUCUGGAAAUUGAUAAUUUUUAUGUAUACAUUACAGCUUACUAUCAAUAAUGCGAGAUCACUUUACAAUAUGGAAACAUAUUAUGUUAACAAAAAUUAAAUUGUGUGCAUUUUAAUUCUAUUAAUUCUGCAUAAUUGGCUGUUCAUUUCUGUUGCUUAAUGGCUUUCAACGACUCCGUAAUAUAUGACACUAUGAAUCCAGAUGAAAAUUGCACUCUCUUUGGCAGCAAUCCCUGCAACAGCACAGACUGUGCUAACAUCAAUAAUGGAGUCAAUUGCUCGAAUGUAAAUUGGUCAUCAGCAGACAUUCCAUCAUUUUCUUAUUUGAAUCCCGAUCCUUCAAUUGAAGAAUUUCAACUUCAAAGCAGAUUCUGGAUUCAGCGAAUUUUGGUGCCAAUCAUCAUGAUCAUUGGAGUGAUUGGAAACACAAUCACCAUCUUUAUUAUGACCCAGAGACGCAUGCGCAGUUCAACGAACUGGUACCUAGCAGCUUUGGCUAUAUUUGACAUGAGCUAUCUAGUAUUUUCUUUCCUGCUAUCGUUUCAACACUAUCCAAAUAUACAUGACGCACAAUUCUAUCUAUAUUGGAAAGUCUGGCCUUACAUGUUGACUAUCACUGAUGCUUCCAGCAACACGUCGGUUUGGAUAACUGUGACUUUCACAAUUGAGCGCUACAUUGCUGUUUGCCACCCGAUGAAAGGCAAAGUUAUCUGUACGGAAUCGAGGGCUAAGAAAAUGAUUGUAAUUGUUUUCCUAACGUGCUUCUUCUUAACCUUGCCAACAUGUUUUGAAUGGAUCAUUGUGGAAAAAAUAAAUCCAAUCACAAAUGCGACUAGGAUAGUUGUUGAAUAUUCAGAUCUAGGAAAUAAUCCAGUAUACGUAACAGUCUACUACUGGGUCAUAUCUGUCAUCAUUGUUUUCAUUCCUCUUCUUCUUCUGACCAUUUUCAAUGCUUUUCUCAUCAAGUCGGUUCAUUCGUCAAAGAGCAGACGGAAGACCAUGACUAGGAGACGUGACACAGGUGACCAGUCUACCCAAGAGAGUAAAAUCACAGUAAUGCUUAUUGCAGUCGUGAUUUUGUUCCUAGUUUGUCAACUCCCAACAGCAGUGACGCUUCUCUACAAGGCAUUCCAUCAUGUCGAAGACGGAAGCAACGAAGACUUUCUGCUUCGAGGACUGGGGAACAUUUUCAAUUUCCUUGUAGCUGUCAAUGCAGCUGGAAAUUUUGUAUUAUAUUGCCUACUAAGUCAAAAGUACAGAAGAACCUUCCUUCUGAUAUUCUGUCCUUGUCUGAAAGGCAAAAUUACAAGGUUACACUCCGUGUAUCAGAACACGGUCUACACGACUGUCGACAACGAGAGUCCAGCAGCUUCGAGGAAAUACAGUGUACGCACCCCAAAGACUUCGAAAGCAGCAAGAAAUAGUUCGAUUGCUGUACUAAACCAAGAAAAUUUCAUUAACCAGCAAUCGCAGAAACCGACAUCGUCGGUUCGACAGCAGCAGCUGAGUUUCUCGAAAAAGGUAGCUGUUUUUGCAGAUGAAAAUCCAUCUCCUGAAGAUGUUCAUUAUUGCAGAUUGCUCAGAGGUUUCAGAUGGCAUUGGAAAAGACCAAAGAUCGCCACUGGACCGAACAAGGAAGAAAGAACAGGUCAAUUCAUUCCUCUGAAGUCCCCAAGCAAAUGCUCGAAUGCGUUUUCGCCUAGUUCAACUUCGGAAUGAUCGUUUGGAUUGACUUCAGAUACGCCAAAAAUAAACUACAAACUAAAGGUUUGACUUUAUACUGAGGAACUAUGAGAGCUGAAAAACACACUAAGGGAUUGAUAACUUUAUUUUUUCUUUCACUUAGAGUAAGAACAUCUUAGUUUUCAAACCAAAUUCAUAGCCAAUUUUGAAACUUUUGUGAUGUGAAUUGUUUUAUGGAUCAUUUAUUUAUUAUUAUUAUAUAUUUAUUAAACAAUAUGAAGUAUCUGUGUACAGUUACAUAUUCAAAAAUGCAGUUGCAAUAUUUUUCAAUUGCUUUUGAUGAACUCUUUCCACAAGACAUGUAGAUAGAUCCUGAACUAUCUACUUUUUCCCUUUGUUUCAUAAGAUUUAAUCUUUUAUUCAUUUAUUUUUAGAACGUUUAUGAAUAUAUAAAUCAUCAACACCAAUAUCUGUAUCUGCAUCUGGUACUUUAUUUUAUUGUUAACAGAUUUGAAUACGACAUUAAUCUAAAGUAAUUA